UCAACUUUCUUCGCACAAGGACAGCUUAUUCUUUAAACAAUUGACUCUGUCUUUCUGCGUAUGUGUGUGUGUGUGUAUGUAUCCAAUAUUCAUUAACUACAACAAAAAUUGAACGCUUCAACAUGAAGAUCCUGUUGAUAUUCCUAGCUUGCAUAACUCUCACGUAUUGCAGCAAAGCUAAAAAACAGAUUCACGAUCAACAAAUAGUCGAUAGUUAUGAGUUUGAGUAUGUAGAUCAUGGUGCGCCCGCAUUAGGCUUGAUUGACUCAAAUUCUCAUGUCGAAACAGCGCCCGUCAGAGUAAUUGCUGCGAGUAGUCAUCGUUCAAGCCUUAUUCGGCCUGGUUAUAGCGUGGGUGGUCCUUUAGCCAGCAUAGCUAAAGGAGCCGCUGAUCAAGCUCAUACACAGUUGAACCAGCAACCAGCAGCAGCUGGACAAGCAGCAUAUGUAGCAAAAAACACUUUGGCACAAGCAGCAGCACAAUCCGCGGCAACGGCCGCUGCAGCCUUGGCCGGCAAACAGAUAAUCCUGAUGGGCCUGGAACAACAAUUUAGGGACGCGAACGUUGCGGUAGAUGGUGAGACGCAACAACUUCAACAGGCCCAACGUGCAGCCACAGCUGCAAGAAAUGCUGCCCAGCAGGCGAUGCAUCAAGUGCAAGUGAUAACUACAGCGUUAAAUGCGGCGCAAGCGACCGCCGAACAUGCCGCACAAGCGGCGGCCGAAGCUGCGGCCGAGCUGGCCGCGCAAACGACGAUGGUGGGUCAAGCUAAGGCGCGCGUUGAAACGAUAGCUGAGCAACUCGCGGCGGCACGUUUAGAUUUUGAGACCACACAAGCAGCAGCACAAAAGGCCGCCAAUGCUGCCCAAGCCGCGCAAAAUAAUGCCGCGGCCGCAGCCGCGCACGCGGCUAACACCGCAGCCGCGGCUGCGACUGCGAAUCACCCGGUCUCUUUGCACGUCGCUGACGAACCUCUUGGUCUCUCAGCGAACGUCUUGCCCGUAGACAUAUUUGAUUUUAAGAGUCAUCUUUAAGAGCCAUUUCACGUCUCACGUGCGAUUCUUCCCUUUGCAAAUAUAUAAUAUGGCACUUGCUCGAAUCGACAUAGCGGCGCUAUAUGUAAAGAUAUAUAUUAUACGUAUAUCUGCAUCUUUUCUAAUUCCUUCCUUUUCAAAUCGAACAUUUAACGAAUUGUGCGCGUGUUUACAUACCAGACUGUACAAUAAAAUAUGUUGCCAUCCUAAA